AUGGAUGAUGAAUUAGCUUUUUCUAAUCUUCAAAAUGGUAUUAAUCUUAUUCUCAUAAUAUUUAAGCCAUCGAAAAUAUGAAAAGAGAACGAGAUGAGCUUUUAUAAGAAUAUCAAAAAGAGAAAACAGAUUUUUAAGCAUUUGAUGCAUAAAUUCGAAAGAUGUAAAUGGAAUUAGACUUAAGAGUUACAAUAUUGAAAGAUAAAGAAUCUAAAUUAGCUAAUUACAAUAAGAUGAUAGAAGAAACAGAUAUAACAUAUCAAAGAGUAAAUUUAUUAACUAUAAAAUUGAAUAGAUUGUUGAAACAUCUAACAGAUUAGCAGCUAAUUUAGAAAAAGAGACAUAAUUCAUUAAAGAUCGUUUCAAGCGUCAAUAAUAAAUUUGA